AUGCCGGCGCUUAUUGCUUGCCUGUGCGUACCUGUUGCACGCGCCGCGCGGCUCCCGAUCGGUUGUUGGGCCAGGGGCCUGUUCGCCAUCCGUGCCGGGAGGCCGGGAGGGGAGAUGCUGCAGCCCGCAGGCGGUGAUCUUUCUUUCCUCCUCGCGUUCUGCUCACCACUUGCCUUCCUGCCGUUCUUGGCGCAGGAGAAACCACGGGAGGAGAACGACAAGGAGGCGGCGGAGGAGGAGAAGCGGACCAUCCUGGCCGCCGGAGUCCGAGACGGCGGAGAAGACGACGACCGGGUCCGCCCCACCGCCGCCGCCGCGGCUGCCUCUGGGAACAGGAAGAGGAGCAGCAGCAGCGCAACGGACGACGUACCCAAGCCGGAGCCGCAGGAGCAGGACGCCGCCGCCGUCAGGUGCAGCCGGAACGACGGGAAGCGGUGGCGCUGCAAGAAGGCGGCCGUGCCGGGGUACCUGUUCUGCGACCGCCACAUCGCGUGGUCCACACGCAAGCGCAAGGCCAGAGCCAGCAAGCCCAAGAAGAGUCACGGCAGCGGCGUCCUAGAGCCCACCAGCAUCCCCAACAAGUUCGCAGAGGACCACGGCGAGACGCAGCGCAACGCCGGGUUCUUCAGCGGCUUCUAG